CUAAAAUUAAAUGAAGUAAUUAAAUUUAUUAAUCAAUUCAUCUCUCUUGCUGAGGAGAACUUCAGCUACUUGACCAAAAGCAUGAAUUUCAAUGAACAGAAAAAAAAGUCCUGUAGAUGCAGAUUGUUUUCCAUAAUUAUCCAGAAAUGAAGAGACGGACAGCUCCACCCACUGACGACUGCAGACUGUUUACUUCCACUUUUAUGGAAAUGGAGUCGACACAGGGACUAAAAACUUUUGUUUUAACAAUUUAAUGUAAUUGUCUUAAAGUGUUGAAAAUGAUUUUCUUAAUUUUACUCACAUUGACUGAAUUCUUUGUGUCUGGUGUUUUUGGUGUGGAUACAGACAAAGUGACCAUGAUGAAGGGAGAUUCAGUCACUCUACAGACCGGUGUUAAAAUAAUCCAACUACAAGAUAUUAAAUGGUAUUUUAAUAACACCCGCAUAGCACAAAUCACUGGAGAUCUCAGUUAUAACUGUACAGAUGUUGAGUGUAAUGAAGGGACUGAGAGAUUCAGAGACAGACUGAAGCUGGAUCAUCAGACUGGAUCUCUGACCAUCAUGAACAUCACAAACACAGACUCUGGAGAUUAUAAACUACAGAUCAUCAGCAGCAGAAUCAGUGAAAAGAUCUUCAGUGUUACUGUUGUUGAUGUUCCUGCUGCCGAACAAGAUGAAACGAAGAGAAAGUCAGUGAAGGAGGGAGAAUCUGUCACUUUAGAUCCUGGUGUAAUGAACAACACAAAUGAUUUGAUGACUUGGUAUUUUAAUAACACUCUCAUCGCUGAAAUCACUGGAGAUCAGAGUAAGAUCUGUUCAGAUGUUCAGUGUAAAGAGAGAUUCAGAAACAGACUGAAGCUGGAUCAUCAGACUGGAUCUCUGACCAUCAUGAACACCAGAACCACAGACGCAGGAGAAUAUAAACUGAAGAUCAGCAGCAUCAGCAUCAUUAAAUGGAAAACAUUUAUUGUUUCUGUCUUUGAUGUUGCACUCUCUUCAGCUGCUGUAGCAGGAAUAUGUGUUUGUGUUCUGCUGCUUGUUGCUGCAGCCGCUGGUGUGAUCUACUACUGCAGACUUCAAACUUAAAUAAGGGACAGCAGGAGGCCGUGCAGAGUUCAGGGAACUCUUUUUCAAAAGACUCAUUCCCCAAAUCUGUCUGACAAGCUGGACACUACCAACAAGAUGUCAACUGACUGGAAUAAGACUGAGGCUGCUAAUCAGACACCAGUGUAACAUCAUUCAAUAUUUUGACAAAAACAAGAAUCUCUGUAGCACUUCUUGCUCGAACAAGAAUGAGUUAAUUACAUAAUAUUAUUACGAAAAAUUAAAUAAAUUACCUCUGUCUUGAAAGGGGCAAUGAAAAAAAAAAAACAGUAAGACAUAUAGAGAAGAGAAAUCAUUCAAAUUCUACUCAACGUCUCAUCAAAAACUGAAUUAUUAUAAUUCUUUGUUACUAAUUUACAUUAAAAAAACUUUAAUACAUAUAAACACCAUACUUCAAUCAAACUGAUGCAAUUAUGCUGAUAAACAUAGUAACCGACCACAGGAAUAUAUGUGGCCUUUGCUGAUUUUAAACACAACAAACAGGCAUGUAAACACUAACACUUCACUCUGACCACAGUGUGCAUGUGUUACUGACCUACACAUGGAUGCAGAUUCAUAAACAGGAAAGAAAGGCCCUGUCACAAAUGGUACACUUUAUUUGCACUUAAAUGCAUUACACUGAAUAUUAUUUUGUGCAUUAAAAAAAAAAAAUGCUUUCAUGAACACUUCAUCCAAAUGGAAACGUUCUUGGCAUUGCUGUAAAUCUGCUGGAUCCUAAGUGGAUCCUAAGAAAAUAACUAAGUUCUGCUAAACAUUUACUCUUUGCAUUUUUGCACCCACAAACUAGACAAGUCAACAUUACUGUUACUAAAUGUUUGCUAAGAAGUAUUUCCUACCAAAGCAUGUUGGUGUUUGACUCUGAACAAGCCUAUCUGUACCUGAGCAAAGACAA